GUUGCAGUUAUACGAUGAAGUGGUAUAGAAGUGUGUCUUCGUUCUUAGUAUAUUUGUAAUAAACAUACGUUUUCGAAACGUGGAUUAUAUGUGCACCAUUGACUACAGUCUUCUACUCAAUAUUGUGAUAUUAAAAAACAGUAAAGUGUUACAAAAUAAAUGAGAUUGCUGUGAUAUUUCUCUAUAUACUGCCUCUCUUUAAAUAAUGGAGACAUUAAGGAAUGAUACAGUGCAUGUUUCCACGUCCAUUGCAUCUAAUCAUGCACAAAUCGAUAUACAAAAUACUGAUGAAUUAUCAAAACAAAAAGAAGAAGAACUUUUAUAUAGAACAGGUGAAGAUGGAGAUGAAGAAGAAGCCUUGUCAGAUGAUAGUUUGCGUUUACGAUUAUCUGAUGAUGAGGCCGAAGUAGAAGAAGUUACCUUAACAUGUGUAAAUCCUAAUCAAAGUGAUAAAGAAACAGAAAAUAUGGAUAAGAAAAAUGAAGAAGAAUGUAAUAAAAAAUCUGAUAAUGAAAUAGAUAAUGAUAAGGAUAAUGAUAAAUUAAUCAGUGAACAAUGUAAUAAUGAAUCGGUUAAUAAUUCUUCAAAAACAAAAAAUAAAAAUGAAAAAACAACAAAAACGAAAAAUUGUAAUUUGAUUAAAAAAAAUUGUGAUGAUAGUAAAUUAGCUGAUGAUCUAAAUAAUUCUAAGAAUUUAAAUAAUUCGAUUUGUAAAGAAAAUGAUAAAUCUUCCUUAAAAGAAAAAAAUGAAGAUAAAGAGUGCAGUCAAUUAAAGUUAGAGGAUCAGAAUGAAAAAAUAGAUAUUAAACAAAAUGAUCAAUGUUAUGAUGGAAAACAGAAUUUAAGACUAAUUAAGAAUGAUAAAGAAUUAAACAGCAAUUAUAAUAUGACUGUUUCUAAUAGUAAGAAUGAUCAUUCUACGAUUGAUGAACAUUCUGAGGAUAAACAGAAAAUUAAUACAAGCACUACUAUACUAAAUCAAUGUCAGGAAAAUAGCCAACAUGCAGUAUCAAAUCUUAAUAAUGAUAAUAGUAAAACUGUACAAAAUUGUCUUAUAAUCGAUCAAAAAGUUAAUAAUAGUAAAUGUGGUAAAAAGGUUUUAGACGAUGAAAUCAAUUCAUGUUCAUCUCCAAAUUUGUCUGAUAAUCAUUCUUUAAAAAAGCAAACAGGAAAGUUGAAUUCAUCAAAAAUUAUUUCUGAUAACAAUAAUACACGUAAUAUUAAUCAAUCAACAUCAGAAGCUAUUAAUGUGGACAGUGACAUUAACGAACUUUUAAUUUCUACUGAUGAAAGUUCGUCAAUAGUAAAUAGAGCUACAUCAUUAGAGUCCACUGGUGAUACAAAAAAUGUAAAUGAUGAAAGUGAAAAAAGAAAUUUAGAAAUUCCAAAACCACGCAGAAGAAGACGAUCAAAAAAAUUGGCCGCUUUAUUAGCACGAGAUAAUGUUCAAGAAAAUAGGCAAGGAAUAGAAGGGCGACAGAAACGAAGAACAGCAAAAAAUGCAGAAGAAAUCAUAAGGAAAAAGUUCUUGGUACAGGAUAGUGAUGUAGAAUCUAGUGAUAAUUCUGAUAAAUUUGUAACUGUAAAUCAUAAAGCUAAUCAACACAUGGAAUCUCUUUCUCCUUCAUUAAAACGAAAUUGUUCUGAUAUGGAUGUAACUAUUAAUGGUAAUAAUAAAAGGCUCAGAAGUUCAGAGCUCGAAGAUGUUACGAUAAAAGAUGAUCACAGGGAUGAUAUUAAAAGUCUUAAUUAUAUAAAUAAGUUUUUCAGAAGAGAUCUCAAAGAAAAAUUACCUAAAUUAAAACAAGAAGAACUGGAGGAACUUUUAAUACAGAAAAUUGUAGAGACUAUAACAAUGCGUGGUGAAAUUGGAAGAUUGAGAGAGCAAGCACGAAUAUCUGAAAAAAAUCAGGAAGCAACGCGUACUAGGUGUCAACUAUUAGCAAAACAAAUUAAGGAUUUUGAAAUGGUUUUAAGUCGUAAUGCGGCAGAUCGACGGGCAAAUAAUGAUAAACCAACUGCACCGAUAAAGAUUAAUCGGUCUGUUGGAUUACAAGUUAAUUUUAUUACGGAACAUGGAAUACAAAGUUUAAGACAGUUACAUCAAAGUCCUACAUUAAAAUCUGUAAAUAUAUCCACUACAAUUAAUUCUGUAGUUAAUGAAACGAACAAUAAUGCACUAAAUCAAAGAAAAGGAAUAAAAGUAAGAUCUCCCAGGAAACUUGAGACACCUAUAGUUGCUCAACCUGUUACUAUAUCGCACAAUGUAGUGCAGCCUCCACCAUUAAUUUCUACUGUGACUCCAACUGCUUUGGUUGUGUCUAAGAAUGUUGAACCUCAACACUCUGUAAAUUUGCAAAAUCAACCCAAUAACAUUCAACAAUUAUUACCAAAUCAACAACAAACAGUUGUACUAAAUGGAAAAGUUCCACUUCAAACAAAUCGACAAAGUACAACGAUUAAUGUUUCUAAAACGAAGACUAAUGAUCUCAUUGAUUUAACAGAUGAAGAAGAAAAAAAUAAAUCUACAGUAAGUAUAACAAGCGUGACCACAAGCGCAGAUCCAGGAGUAAACGUUAAACAGAAAACACCGCAACCCUGUUUUCCUAGAGUAAUUCAAACAAUUCCUGCAAAUGUAGCUAUAACGACUCAACCUGCUAACAUCAGAGUGGUACAUACAGCGAGUCAUCCAACACCAACUGCUUUAGUAAAUAAUAUGAACGCACCUAGAUUAGCAUAUGUAAUGCAAAGUGGAGUUGGUGCAGGAAGACAGCUAUUAAUAACAUCAAAUUCUAAUCAGAUACGACCUGUAAAUUCAGGUAAUAGGCCACCAUUUACAACUCUUGCAUAUAAAAAUGGCAUUUCAACAAAUGCAAAUGGUACUGUACGUGUAAUAACAACAUCUGCUGGUCCAAAUGUGCAACUAAAAAAACAUCCAGCACCUCUUCCAGACUCUCCUCAUUAUGCCAUUAAUCCUGUAUCAAAACUGCCUCCGCCAGCUCCUUCAUUAAAAAUAUCCAAAGUUGCAAAUGGUAUAGUGUUAUCAUGGAAUAUGACACUUUCGGAAAAAUACGCCGAUAUAGUUAGUUACCAAUUAUAUGCUUAUCAAGAAGUCGCAGGUGUGCCUCCAAGCACAGGUCUUUGGAAGAAAGUUGGCGAUGUUCGAGCUCUACCACUGCCUAUGGCUUGUACUCUUACUCAGUUUUCAGAAGGUAACAAUUAUUACUUUGCAGUCAGAGCAGUCGAUACACAUUCCAGGAAAGGACAGUAUAGUGCACCUGGCAAUAUUUCUUUGUAAAAUAUGAAUUGUGGAAAUAUUCAUAUGUACGAGAUAUAUUCUCUUUAGAACUUUUUUAAUUUUAAAUAUAACAUUUGUAUACACAAUGAAAGAUGCUUCACAGCCCACAUAACAAAUAUAAUUACAUUAUUAUCAGUUACUUUACAUUUUCAUCGUGAAAUAUUCGUUUUAUUUGAACAAAAAAAUAAGUGAUUGGUAAAUUGUAAUUAUAUCGAUUGUAUAAAAUUUUAUAAAUGAAAUAUGUCAGAAAAUUAUUCUAGUCCAAAUAUAUAUUCCUAUUUAAUAUAUAAUAAUACUCACUCAAAAUAGCAAAGGGUGGUUUGUGAAGCAUAUUACGAAAAAGAAAAGAAAACUGACGAAACAAAUCAAUUAUGGAAACAGAGUGUCGAGAAAGAUGUGAAAAAAAGUGUUCAAAGUAGGGCUUGUCAUUUUUUUACUUCUUUUUAUAGACCAACUAAUUUAUAGAAACUCUUAAUAAGUUUCCUUUAAUUUAUACGUAUGUAUGUGAUUAUGUGAAUCUCUUAUUAAUCAAGAAAUUAAUAAUUCUAGAUAUUACGAAUAAAUCUUUAGUAAGCACAA